AUGGCCGCCGCUGCCGCCGUCCCGGACGGCGUCUCCUCCUGCGGGAGCACCAACAUGCGCCGCGCCGACCACCUCCCUCAGCUCCCGAUCCCGCUGCCCUGCAUGGGCGAGCCCACCGCCGCCUCUCGCGUCUCGCCGGGCUCCUCCCCGGCCCGCUCUGAGGCCUCGCGGGGCGCCCCUUGCUACAACGCCGACGCCGAGUCGGACCCAGAGGCAUCGAAUACCGCCGCCGCCGAUCACUACCGCUGCUCAUCCAAACUUCCCACAGCCUCCCGCCUACUUUCGCCGAUGGAGCCCCACCUGCCUGCUGACCUCGCGCGCCUCCUCAAGACCCGACCGCUCCGCGCCAUCCUUUCCAACGCGUCCACCUAUCGCGCCGCACGCCACCUAUUCGACGCGGUGCCCCGCCCGACAGCCGCACUGUGCUGCGCUUUCCUCUCUGGUCUCUCAAAGCUCUCGCUGCACCAGGAGUUCAUCGAGGUCGUCUCCUCGCUGCACCGUAGGGGUGGCGCCAUCCCAUCUGGCUGCAUCCCGCUUGUCCUGAAGUCCUGUGCGCUGUCGGCAGCGUCCUGCCAGGGCAGGCAAACGCAUUGCCAUGCCCUUGUGCGUGGGAUGCUAGGAGAUGUGUUCGUGCAAACUGCUCUGGUCGAUUUCUACGCCAAGAAUGGGGACAUGGACUUAGCUGUGAUGGCCUUCAAGGAAAUGCCGGUGAAGGACCCAAUACCGAUAAAUUGUUUGAUCACUGGGUACUCCAAAUCAGGGGAUGUGGAAGAGGCAAGAAGGCUUUUCAAUAGUAUGCCGAGAAGGACAUCUGCUUCCUGGAAUUCGAUGAUUGCCUGCUAUGCACAUUUUGGAGAGUUCCAGGAAGCAUUUACAUUGUUUGAUCAGAUGUUGCGUGAGGGUGCAAGUCCAAAUGCUAUCACUAUCACAACGGUGUUCUCCAUUUGCGCCAAGACUGGUGAUCUUGAUACUGGAAGGCGGGCAAGGGCGUGGAUCAGGGAGGAGGAUUUGCAGAACGUGAUAGUCCACACUGCUUUGAUGGAAAUGUACAUCAAGUGCCGUGCUAUCGACGAGGCACGUCAUGAGUUUGAUCGGAUGCCACGAAGGGAUGUCGUAGCAUGGAGCACCAUGAUUGCUGGUUAUUCACAAAAUGGGAGACCACAUGAAUCUCUUGAGCUGUUUGAGAGGAUGAAAGCAACCAAUUGCAAGCCAAACGAAGUUACUCUUGUUGGUGUAUUGUCUGCUUGUGCUCAGCUGGGUUCUGAUGAACUUGGAGAACAGAUUGGUAACUAUAUCGAGAGUCAGACACUGCCACUAACCAGCUAUCUAGGAUCUGCUCUGAUUGACAUGUACACCAAGUGCGGGCAUGUUGCCAGAGCUCGCAAUGUCUUCGACCGGAUGGAACAAAAGGUGGUCGUUACAUGGAACUCCAUGAUCAGAGGCCUAGCACUGAACGGCUUUGCAGAAGAUGCAAUCACCUUGUACAGAAAGAUGGUAGGAGAUGGGAUUCAGCCCAAUGAAGUCACCUUUGUCGCGCUAUUGACAGCAUGCACGCAUGCUGGCUUGGUAGACAAAGGCAUAGAAUUCUUCGAAGAGAUGAAGAAGAAGCAACAUGUCUCUCCUCAAGUUGAGCACUGCGCUUGCAUAGUGGACCUCCUCUGCAAGUCUGGCAGGCUGUGGGAAGCCUACAAGUUCAUCUGCGACAUGGAAGUUGAACCAAACGCGGUGAUUUGGAGCACGCUGCUCAGCGCCUGCAGAGUCCACGUGGACGUUGAGCUUGCCAAGCUCGCCGCGGGCAAGCUUGUGGCACUGGAGCCCAAUAACUCGUCGAUCUACGUUCUGCUGUCCAAUAUCUAUGCUGACGCAGGGCUCUGGGGUGAUGUGAGGGAGAUCAGAGACCUGAUGAGGAGCAAGAACUUGCAGAAGCUGUCCGCCUACAGUUGGAUCGAACUAGACGGCGAGGUGCACAGGUUCCUGGUACAGGAUACGUAUCACCCAAGGUCAGCUGAGAUUUACAACGUCGUCGAUGGCCUGGGCUUGCAGUUGGAGAGGACUAGUCCUGAUCAUGAAUUAAUUUCAGAGGAGUACAACUGUAUAGAAGUGCCCAGCCCAGUAACAACUUUACUUAGCACCUGGGUGGCUGGGUCUCUCAAGCACGAGACGGCCAGAGCACCAGAUUCCGUUCCCCUGAACCCGAUCGAGAUGGAAUCGGAAGCUGACAGGGCCGUGGCGCCGGCGCCGGCAGUCGCCGCGGAGACCAGCGACGACGCCAUCCAGGAGGAAUCUCCAGCCACGGCCCCUUCCUCAGAAGGGAAGCCCGGAUCAAGGGCGGCGGCCUCGGCGCCGGAGGUGGAGGUGCAGCUGUUCCGGCGCGGGCGUCCGGUGGCCGUGUUCCGGUCGCAGCUGGGAGGGUAUACGCAGGACCAGCUGGAGGUGGGCGACAUCCUGGAGCAGCACGGCCUCAAGUCCGUCUUCGCCUUCGACCCCGCCGCCCGCAAACGCGGCGUCGCCAUCCGCUUCAACCCCCGCAACGGCCGCUCCCUCCUCACCUACGCCCCUGGCUCCACGAUCUUCCUAGACGGCGAGCCCAAGCAUACCUUGUCUCCUAUAAGCCCAUCGAAGAUGGUGAUUGGCGUCGCUGCUAUGACUGUGGUAGCUGCAGUGCUACUGAAGCAGGCCAAGAUGCCAGAGUGGCUUCAGUCAUCUAAGCUUGGCAACGUGAGCUUCCCACCAUGGGUGCUGGCUUGCUUUGUCAUCGUGUUCAUGAGGCUUCGGAAGAGAACCAAGGAUGUCAUGAAGAAGUUUGGCUGGGCCUCAUGA